AUAGCGAUGCCACCAGCAUUGAUACCCGCUGCUAGUAACAACAUCAUUGAAGAGAGUAAUCCUAACUUGUAUGUCAUUUUAAGCCUUGGGUAUGAAUGAUUGUAAGUUUAGGUAAUUGUAGAAGAAGGAAAGCAAGCACCUUGGAGGGCACUGCGUGGAAUCCUCUUUCAGCAGACACUUAAUUGGUUGAACUCGUUGGAAAGCUUCUGUCUAGUAGCCAGGUGUGUCAUGUAUUUUGUCUGUAUCUUGUUAUAUGCAUUAUAAAUUUAAAAAAGCCAUUUUAUGAUUUCUUAAUCCUAUGUAUCAAACAAAUUUGUCUUUGUGCUAUUGUCCCUGAGGUGUGGUAUUACGAAUAUAUUCAAGUAUAUUACUUUGAUCACCUUCUCUUGAGAAUGCUAUAUUGUACUUUAUGGCAUUUACAUAGCUUGUAGAUUGUAGGAGACAAUAAUCAACAAAAUUAUAUCCAUCCCGUAUGUGAUACCUGGUUAUUUGAAAUUUGUUGGCCCUCCCUCCCUCAAAUCUUAUCCCUAGAGUAUUGUUCAAUAUUUACAGUUUCCACUCACUCACCAUAUGCAUUUUAUAGUAUACUAAUCUAUCAAUGUAGCCAGUAAUCUAUCACACGAGUUUAUCUCAACCAUAGUGAACUUGCAUCAUAUAAGAUACCAAUGGAACACUGUCCGUAUUAAAAUUAGAGUAAAUUACUGAAAUCGUCCCUAUGGUUUUGUCAAAAUUACACGUUUGGUCCCUAACUUUUUUUUUGCACUCGGAUCGUCCUAGUGGCUUGAUUUUGUUGCGUUUUUCGUCCCUUACAUACAUAAAGUUAGGGACCAAACGUGCAAUUUAGACCAAACCAUAGGGACGAAAAACGCAACAAAAUCAAACCAUAGGGACGAUCCGAGUGCAAAAAAAAAAGUUAGGAACCAAACGUGUAAUUUUGACCAAACCAUAGGGACAAUUUCAGUAAUUUACUCUUAAAAUUAUUAAAAAAAAUUACUUCAGCAUUAGGUUUUAGAGUUUAAAGGAAUUUAUCAGUUUAACCGGUAAUCGCACAUGAUGACAAUGAGAAUCAAAUAAGAUGGUCUUGUUCUAUUUUGUGGCCCCGGCCCCAUAUACAGGACAUUACCUAAAAUUAUUUGCAAAAACAAAGUUUGGUUGUGGAUUUCAAGCCACUUCCUAGAAUCCUAUGUAACAAUACAUAUAGCUAGUGUCAAUCAACAAUGAUCAAAGUUUAUCAGAGUCAAAGAUGUUAUUUUGGAUAACACAAUAUAUUGAAAGGCUAGCAGGAUAAAGAAGUUUAACUAUUUCUCAAUAAGACAAAUCAAAUACAAACAACAUUUCAUAUUAUUGUUGAUUAUUGUCUCCAACAAGGCAACAAUUUACCAGUCCAUGGCAUACAUACAGGACAACAGAGCAUUAUGAAGAGAAUUUAGUCACAACGAAUAUAUUUAUAUUAGUUCAUACGAUCAUAGGUCAAUGCCAAUAACAAAGGAAAAAACUUGAUUGUAUCAAUUUACCCACUAAAUUAUUAUUAAAAAAUUAAUAAUUUAGUGGCUAAAGUGAUAAUAUGGUGAAAUUGCAUUGUGAUUUUCUGUAUUUUGCCCGCAAAAUUUGGUUUUUUUUAAAACGGUAAAAAAGUAUAAUGGUUCAAUCAUUAAGAGUCUAAAAAACCGAAUUUUGUCCGAGAUUAAAAAACCGUAAUAUAUUUCAUUUUAGAAGACGGAUCUCAAUUUAAUGUGGCAGACAACAAGAAACAGAUAACCCCUUAAGAUAAUUCAACCAAUCAUUCAUGUGUCCACUUCAAGAUAAUUCAACAGAGUGCCUUACAAGGUGCUUAAUCCCUUAAGUAAUUCAAAGACAUUAGCAGAAAAAUACGCCUUUCACUAUUAUAUAAAUGGAACUUGUAUUUUGUAUCAGAAACCACACAUUUAACUCAAACUGUAGUGUUAAUUCGGUAACAAAGCAACAAUGACAUUCUAUUCAGCAUGUUCUCUGGCAAUUUUGGCCUCAUUUCUAGCAGCACUAGUGGUGGGCUCUAAUGCUGGUGGGAUUUCAAUUUAUUGGGGCCAAAAUGGAAAUGAAGGAACUUUAUCUGACACUUGUAGCACAGGAAACUACGAAUAUGUAAAUAUAGCGUUUCUUUGGACAUUUGGCAAUGGGCGCACACCAAGGAUGGACUUAGCUGGCCACUGUGAUCCCUAUAGCAAUGGAUGCACCAAGUUAAGCUCUGACAUCAAGUCAUGUCAAGCAAAAGGUGUCAAAGUUAUGCUAUCUAUCGGAGGUGGGAUAGGCAGCUACUCCAUUGCCUCCAAGGAAGAUGCUCAGGAAGUUGCUACCUACCUAUGGGACAACUUUUUAGGUGGAGAAACAACUAGUAUUCGUCCACUUGGCAACACGUCAUUGGAUGGAAUUGAUUUUGACAUAGAAUCAGGCGGAAGUCAACACUGGGAUGAUCUUGCAAGGUAUCUUUCAGCAUAUAGCACCAAGAGUAAGAAGGUGUACUUAACUGCAGCACCACAAUGUCCUUACCCUGAUGCAUGGUUAGGGGGUGCCCUUCAGACUGGUCUGUUUGACUAUGUUUGGGUUCAGUUUUAUAACAAUCCUCCUUGCCAGUAUUCUGCGAAUAUUACUAAUCUUGAAGAUGGUUGGAAGCAGUGGACUUCUGACAUCCCGGUGUCCAAGAUUUUCUUAGGGCUACCCGCUGCUUCUGAAGCAGCUGGAAGUGGUUUUAUUCCUGUCAAUGAUCUUACUUCCAAAGUGCUUCCAGCAAUUAAGAGUUCGCCUAAAUAUGGAGGUGUGAUGUUAUGGUCUAAGUAUUAUGAUGAUCAAACUGGAUAUAGUGCAUCCAUUAAGAAAUAUGUAUGAUAUUUUAAAGAACCGAUGUUUAUGUAAUUAUUGGUAUAUCCAACUCUUUUGUUAAGAUAUUCAUAUGCAAUUUACUACGCUAGUCAAAAUUUUCAUGGUUAUGUUCUACAUCUCUGCAGAUAGCAACCAUAUAUUGUACAAAAUCCACACAUAUGAUGAUUGUGUUAAAUAA